UUGCAAAUCUUUGCCCGCUCCUUCUCUCUCUCCCUCUCGGCCUUUUUACUACUCACGCAGCGAUAGAAAUGGAGACAAUCACGAGACUUGCAUUCUUCACUCUUACAAUUCACCUACACUGACACAGGAGAAAAGGAAAGAAUCACUGUUACGUUUCUUGGAUCCGAUUUCAUCCACCGUACGGACACCAUUUACGGCGUCAAAGCUUCAUAGAUCUUCGCUUUUCUUCAGCGUCGGGAUCAAAAAGAGUCCUAAGAGAGAUUACAAAAAUCUUCAAGAAAAAAAAAAGGGAAAGCAGAGUCUUUUUUAAAUGGCGCCUAGCACGAUCCGUAAAGCGAUCGGGGCCGUGAAGGAUCAAACGAGUAUAAGCAUUGCCAAAGUGGCAGGAAACAUAGCGCCGGAACUGGAAGUUUUGGUGGUCAAAGCCACAAGCCACGAUGAAGAUCCAGCUGAUGAGAAGUACUUUAGGGAGAUCAUAAGCCAUACAUCUUAUUCUAGAGGUUAUGUUAGUGCUUGUAUCGCUACAGUGUCAAAAAGGUUGAAUAAAACCCAUGAUUGGAUUGUGGCGCUUAAGUCUUUGAUGCUUGUUCAUAGGCUUUUGGUCGAUGGGAACCCUUGUUUUGAAGAGGAGAUUGUGUAUGCAACUAGGAGAGGGAUGAGGAUUUUGAAUUUGUCAGAUUUUAGGGAUGAGGCGCAUUCCAAUUCGUGGGAUCAUGCCGGUUUUGUUAGGUUUUAUGCUAUGUAUCUUGAUGAGAAGGUGGAGUUUUCGGUGUUUGAGAAGAAGAAGGGAGAUGGGGAGGGGAGGUUUGAGGAGAGAGAUGAGAGGAAUAGGCGUGAGUACGGAGACUUUAGAGAUGAUUAUGAUCAUGGAAUGGGUAGGAGAUCGAGGUCUUAUGGUGAUUUGAGUGAUUCUGUCAGGAGAGAACAGAGGAGAGAGGUGACACCAAUGAGGGAAAUGAGGCCAGAGAGAGUUUUGGGGAGGCUGAAUCAGUUGUUGAGGAUUCUUGAUAGAGUGUUGGGUUGUAGGCCAGCUGGUAUAGCCAAAAAUAGCAGGUUGGUACUUGUUGCACUUUAUCAGAUUUUGAAGGAGAGUUUUGGGCUUUAUGUAGAGAUAUGUGAGGCAUUAGGGAUUUUGUUGGAUAGGUUUACUGAGAUGGAGUAUGCGGAUUGUGUUAAGGGUUUUGAUACUUAUGUUAGUGCAGCAAAGAUGAUUGAUGAGCUUGUGGGGUUUUAUGGUUGGUGUAAGGAAAUGGGAAUUGCUAGAUCAUCUGAGUAUCCGGAAGUGCAGAGAAUUACUGAUAAGCUUUUGGGAACACUUGAAGGAUUUUUGAAGGAAAUGACUAACGGGCCAAAGGGUCCAGAGAGAAAUAGGGAAGAGAAGCCACCGGUUAAGGAGGAGCCGGAAGCAAAUAUGAAUGAAAUAAAGGCUCUUCCUGCACCAGAGAGUUAUACCCCACCUCCUCCGCCACCCGAACCUGAACAACCUAAGAUGCAGGCUCAACAGGAUACAGAGGAUUUGGUAAAUUUAAAGGAUGAUGCGGUUUCAGCUGAUGAGCAAGGGAACAGAUUAGCUUUGGCUUUAUUCUCUGGACCACCCACCUCAAAUGCUAAUGGCUCGUGGGAAGCAUUCCCUUCAAAUGGACAGCCAGAGGUGACUUCUGCAUGGCAAACACCAGCUGCUGAGGCUGGUAAAGCAGAUUGGGAAUUGGCAUUGGUUGAGUCAGCUAGUAAUUUAUCAAAGCAGAAAGCUGCAUUGGCAGGUGGUUUUGAUCCAUUGCUAUUGAAUGGUAUGUAUGAUCAGGGGGCAGUGAGGCAGCAUGUGAGCACUACUCAGCUAAGCGGUGGGAGUGCAAGUAGCGUUGCGUUGCCUGGCCCUGGCAAGACAAAUACUCAAGUGCUAGCUUUGCCUGCCCCAGAUGGGACGGUACAACCAGUAGGACACCAGGACCCUUUUGCUGCAUCCCUUGCAGUGCCACCUCCUUCAUACGUGCAGAUAGCAGACAUGGAGCAGAAGCAGCAUUUGCUUGUACAGGAACAGCAGCUGUGGCAACAAUAUGGAAGGGAUGGAAUGCAAGGCCAAGCGAGUCUGGCCAAGAUCACUGCUAGUCCUGGCUACUAUGCCCCUGUUGCACAACCAAUGAUGAUGCCUUACGGGAUGCCACAAGUCAAUGGCAUGGGGCAGCCGGGAGGGUACUACUAUCCACCCUACUGAAUUCACUUGUUUAUGAAUGGGUGUAUCUUCCCAUGGUGCACAUUGUUACUAUCGGAUGAGAGCUUCGUUGCCAACACAUUUGGAAGAUUUUUUCCACCUACUUUUUCCUGUUUUCAUUUUGUUUACAUGCACUUACCUGCCUCAGAGGGUGCAAUGGACAUAAAAAGGUUUGAUAAAGUAUACAGUAUAAGUAUAUGAUGGAUAGUUAUCAUAA